UUUUGUUGCCAUUACAUGGUCCGCCGUGGUCGCGGGCCCGGGAGCGCUAGGGUUUCAAGCCUUUGGUCGCUGAUUAGUCACUACCCAGCUAGCCACCUGCCACUACUGCCUGCUACCAGCCAUGGUACGACACCGCCCGCCAGACGUUUGCAUUGCUGUCAAGCCCAUCCGCCUCUGUAUCAUCAUCAUCAUCUCAAUCCACUUUCCUUACAGUAUGCAAUGGCCCUUCUUCCAUACACGCAUCUUGUCUUCUUGUGCCGAGCCACAUGGGUCCCAAGCCGGAUCCAGAGAAGAGUGAGUGAGGGGCGUGCGUUUGGCCUGGCUCCUUGGCCGCGCAAAGGGUUGGCGAGCCUGCGCCGUGGAGAACGGAUCCCUCCAGGCAGUCCACCCUGACUGGACGCAUCGCUCGUCACACACAGAUCCUCCGCAUUUCUCAACAUGCCAUUAUUACUAUCCCAUGUAAUAGUACCCCAAUGUUUGUACAGCUCCGGUCCGGUUCCAGUACAGCUACUGCGCAUGUAUCUGCAUUUUGCACAUCAUACGUACAGUGCAGCCCAAAGCAGACGCAAAAAAAAAAAAAAAAAAAAAAGACGGUGGUGACAAUGGAGUAGCGCCGGCAUCACAGUCCAGUUGGAGAAACCCUUUGCCUCCAGCCGUUGCAGCCGGUAGUUGUGGAUCUGCCACCACCAGCUCUCCUACACUUCAUGCAUUCGCUCAUGUAGGCACGACUCGUGGUCGCGAAGCAAGGCCUCCCGCCGACAUUCCCCUCGAAUGUCAGUCAACCAUUUUCCCGUCUGCCCAUGCUCGCUCUUUUGAUGUGUGAAUGCAUUCGUGGUUGGUACAAGUGUACGCUCCAUUGCCAAAUCCGUGUGCGCAGAGCAUGCCUAUUGCGCAAUGUACAAUAAUGUAACAUUUGUUUGAUUCAAGCAAGCAAGCAAGCAGGCAAGGCAAGUAAGCAAGUGCUUCUUCAUGCAUUGGUCCCAGAGUACCAAGGGUCACCGCUACAUGAGACGGCGCACGGGCCCCACGCAUGCUUGGAUGGCAGAUGUGUGUACUGUGUACCGUCCUGUCCUGUCCUGAACCGUCCUGUACAGUACGAAGACGGCGGAAUAGGAAAUGGGGGGUAAGCAAGGUCGGCCCUGCCAGCCCGCCAUAAUGUGCGAGGUGUGCGAGUGGGAGGGGGAGCGAGAGAGUGGAAGGAGAGCCGAGAGACGGGCCCCGCCAAUCACACCAGCCCUCCGAGUGACGACGACAACAGCAACACCAACAUUACUUUCCCACUCCGCCAACAACUGCCUGCCUGCCUGCCUGCCUGCAGACCCCACCACGUCGCCGUCGCCAUGUCUGUCUGCCUGACCCUCUCGGCAAAUCUCUCUUCUCUUCUGCAGUCCCCCUCCCUUCCCUCUCGCGCCCUGAAUCCAUAGGCCCAGGCUCAUCCCGUCGCCUCUUCGACCGUGGUUCCGUGAGGGAUGCCACUCCCAACUCUAAUUGCACCCCUCUCCAUCCACGCCCAUCACAAUACCUAUCCAUCAAUCAGUAUGAGUAUCCACAUCCUCAUAACCUUAUGUCUACAGUCGCCGACCAACGUCCAAAUAACCUCCAUGAACCACUCUUCCUCGGAACCACUUGCUCGGCACGAAUCCCCAUCCCUUGCAGAACUUAAAAAAAGCCAAACCACCCGACAAGCAGUGACAUCCCGAGCCAUUCGCAAGCAAUCCCGCGCAGGCAAUAGCUUCCACACAAGCCAUCCCACGUCGCUUUGAGCAGCAUCUACCGCGUAUAUACAUACGUACAUCAUCGGCAAUCCGUCGUUGCAUCCAGUCGCAGCCCGUGGAUUUUUUUCAAAAUCAGCCCUCAACCAAAAAAUGUCCUGCCAAUCCACCACUUGAUAGGCUGUACGAGAAUCAAUAUCACAUUAACCGAAACCUACCACUAUCAAGGGAAAGCUCGUAAAUCUCCUUUUGGAAAUGAGCCACCAUGGCUGCUUCCGUGUCCAUCUUGCAAAGACUCGGUGACGACAUGAGAACAAUGCACUCCCGGCGCAGCAUCCAUUCCAUACAGCGUCGGUUUCGUCAACUGAUGGCAAUCUACAAAACAGAGACCAGAGCGCCGGGCUCGGUUAUCGGUGGCUUCCUGAUCGCAUGUGGAACGUCCCCAUUGUAAAGCAGACGUCUUGAUUACCAGCUUGGUCCCACAAAUCUUCAUCACAUGUCCCUUGGACGAGCAUUUCCUUCUCAUUCCAAAUUCCAAAUGUGUGGGCAUGCGCCCCCUAACCACCGAGCCUUGUGCUUCAGAUGCCAUAAUCUCUCGCGCAGAAUUCUGCCCGAUCAGGGUCGACUUCAUUACC